AUGAUCUUUUCCCGGCUGAUGCUCUCCACAUCAAGCCGGGGGCUACCAGAGCGCGGCCUCGCAGGUCAUGCAGGCAUACGCCCCUAUCGGGUCUUCAUACAACGGAGACGGUCGUGGAGACCGCGGAAGUGUAGCGCACCCAGAACCCAGGAGCUGCACGAGCAGUUCGUAACCUUGGCAGUUAUUACUACGGACCAUGAUCUGGAUCCCGCCAACGUCAUCCACGACAUGCGCCGGAUCUGCACGGAGUCGUGUGAACAACAGAAAAAGACACGGUGGCAGACCACGCAACACUUCGCCUUCCUGAAAGCCCUGCCGGACGUACAUGAAUUAUGAGGAGUAACACACACGUAGCCCUUCGGCUACCCUGCCAGGGUGGGGAGAUUUCACCCUGUCAAGGUCACCCUGGAAAGACUACGCUGCAGGCUUGACCCAAUGGCAGGGUGGGUACCCUGCGAGGGUACUGAUCCCACACCCUGUACGUACCCUGCCACUCAGGGACCCUGGCGGGGUGCACACCCUGGGAAAACCCUGUGGAGACCGUGUCAGCCAAGUGGUACUGACGGGGCCGAAAAUUAGGACAUUUUCCUUUCGAAAUUUAUUUGUUUGGUCAUUUUCUCUUUGUAUUUUUUGUUUCAUUUGUCUUUUUUUUGUUUUCCCUUGUCGUCCCUUGCAGCAGCAUGUACUAUAGUGCUCCUAGACGUACAAACACGCUCAAGCUCAUAUACGCCAUAUAUGUCGCCUUUUGACACCCCCCCGCCCCCCGCCCUGAUCCGUGCCUUUCCUUGCUUCCCCCUCCCUUCGUAACAUGUACAACUCCGGCGCGUCAAUUCCAUCAACAAACAACGUACCGCAUGAUACUGCUUUUAUGAAGGGACCUCAAGGCACCCAAUAUAAACCUCCCCUCCAGGGUACAUGAUGACGUCACCGAUUGCACGUACAGAGGCCGAACGCUGCACGCAAUAUAUAAUGCUUCUUCGACAUAACACGAACGAACACGCUCCAUGUGCCCAGCAUAGCCAGCUGGCAAUGAAUGCC